AUGACAGAGACAACUGAUGCACUGGCCCAAUAUUUCAAGAAUGUCUAUCCCCAUCUGUGUAUUCCGGAUAGCAGAUUCCUAUCUUCCAAGCAAGGACUUGUGAAUACAAGUCGUGUGAUCGUCCUACUAUUUCUUCCCAUCCAACUACUCACUGCCUACUGUAUCCUCAAGAAAACUCCAGAAAAUAUGAAAAAUAUCAAAGGGAGUAUCAAUAAUUUGAACUUUUGGUGUAUGGUCUCCUCUAUAAUAUUUGCUUUUUUUGCCUGUCCAUAUUCAUUUCAUCCGUAUAAAAUCGGUUUUACAAUAGGAUUACUCGCUGAUUGGGGUGUCCCUACUAAUAUUCAGUUUUAUAUCGACUACAUUAUAAAUAUUGUAGUUACUAUGUCCAUCACAAUUUUAUUCGAGAAUAGAAGCAGUUUAAUUGCAAGGAAUAGAUUCAGAAUCAAAACAACUGCCCAUAGGUUUAUCUGGAUACUUCUGAAUAUUUUAUGGUUUAUGACAAUAAUUUUACCGCCAGCGUUUAAUAAGCCAGAUCAAAUGGAAGCGAAGAUGUUGGUACUGAACACGUGUCCCUGCCCAACAACAGAAUUCUUUUCCGAAAAACUAUUUGCCUCUGCCAAAGAUGGUUUCUGGAAUGCCUAUUUGAAUAUGAACGGUCUUGUUGUCUUUCUCGGCUUCACAAUUCAAGCCGUGUUCUUUGCAUGUUGUUGUAUAUACUACCUGUUCAUUUCAACGAGUUCCCAUGUGUCACCUCAAACUCGUCGACUACAAAUUCGAGCUUUUUUCGGAGUUGUUAUUCAAACGAUGAUUCCCAUUCUAUUGCUUUCGAUCCCUAUUAUGAUUUUCAUGAGCUCUCGGAAAAACGAAGGAAGUUAUGAUCAAGUGCAGAAUAAUCUGAUGAUUAUCACAGUUUCCAUUCAAGACGGGGCAACUAGUCUGUCCAUAUUAUUGGUGCACCAUCCAUAUCGGAGUUUUGUGAAGUCUAUAUUCUGCUGCAAGAAAACGAAUAAGAGCUUGCAGACCGUUCAUGUGGUCACUGAUUCAUUUAUAAAUACUUGA